GAGUGUGAGAGGAGAGUUCAUUGAAGUAAACGGGAGAGUGUUAGGUGCAAAGCGACGCUCCGGCUGACCACAUUCAGAGUUAUAUUUUUACGCGAAAGCCUGAGAAACUUCAAGGAGCCUUUGACGGCCCCACACACUAAGAUUUCACCUGAUAACAAACUCGCCAGGGAUUUGGAAGUUUCUGAAACAGGACGGUGAACCCGGCAAAGGGAACAGCACAUUGAGGAACGUGGUUCUGAAAGGGUAUUCUUCAACUUCAACGGAGUAAUCAAAACGAAUACAUCUGAUAAACGUGUAUUGAUAAGUGUGUUUCGAAAUAAUCGUUCUCUACCUCGUUCAACGCCUGCCCGGAUACGUUCACGAGUAGCUUCUACAGGAAGACAGGUAGUGGAUACAAAAGGCACAGAUUGGAGGUGUGUGUGUGUGUGUAUGAGAGUGCGUUUAUCGGACAGCCGGGCUUGCCGUCACAUGUUCCCGAGGACUGGCCUCUGCCUAGCCCGUCAUUAUGUCGAGCGGAGCGGAACGGCGCCUGGAGAGCCGGCUGCGGAAGCUGGAGGCCAUGAUCAAAGAUCCGAAGUCAGCGUUAAACUUGGAAAGUUUACUGGACUCUGUGAACGCUCUGGCGCUGGAUCUGAACUACCCUGCGCUGCGCAAGAACAAGAACAUUGAUGCCUUCCUGAACCGCUAUGAGAAGGCGAUGGGUAAGCUGCGGGAGCUCCAGGUGAGGAUGGAUGAUUUUGAACGAGUGAAGCUCAUUGGUCGCGGAGCAUAUGGAGAAGUGCAACUGGUCCGACACAAGGUGUCUCAGAAGGUGUAUGCCAUGAAGCAGCUCAGUAAGUUUGAGAUGAUCAAGCGCUCUGAUUCUGCCUUCUUCUGGGAGGAGAGAAACAUCAUGGCUUUUUGCAACAGUCCCUGGAUUGUACAGCUCUGCUGUGCCUUCCAGGACACGCGGCACUUAUACAUGGUGAUGGAGUUCAUGCCGGGCGGCGACCUGGUGACGCUGACCAGCUCGUACGACAUGCCCGAGGCCUGGGCGCGCUUCUACACGGCUGAGGUGGUGCUGGCGCUGGACGCCGUCCACUCCAUGGGCUUCCUGCACCGCGACGUCAAGCCCGAUAACAUGCUGCUCGAUGGCACUGGACACCUCAAACUCGCCGACUUCGGCACCUGCAUGCGGAUGGACUCGAAAGGUAUGGUGCGUUGUGACACCGCUGUGGGAACUCCAGACUACAUUUCACCAGAAGUGCUGAUGUCACAAGGAGGGACUGGUCACUAUGGACGAGAGUGUGACUGGUGGUCAGUGGGCGUGUUCAUCUAUGAGCUGCUCGUGGGUGACACUCCCUUCUAUACGGAGUCUCUGGUGGGCACCUACGGUAAGAUCAUGGACCACAAGAACCACCUGAACUUCCCCGAUGAUGUAGAGAUGAGCAAAGAUGCCAAAGACCUCAUCUGCGCCUUCCUCACUGACAGAGACGUGCGUCUCGGUCGGGACGGAGUGGAUGAAAUCAAGCGGCAUCCGUUUUUCAAGAACGACCAGUGGACCUUUGACAACAUCCGAAACACCGUGGCCCCAGUGGUGCCUGAGUUGAAUAGUGACAUAGACACCAGUAAUUUUGACGACAUUGAGGAUGAGAAGCGUGACGUGGAGACCUUCCCCACACCCCGAGCCUUUGCAGGCAACCAGCUGCCCUUCGUGGGCUUCACCUACUUCAAAGAGGACCAGUUGCUGAGUGCAGAUAGCACAUUCAGUUCUGAUGAAUUGGAGGACUCCUGUGAGAAAGACCAGAUCUCAGAGAAGAAGAAAAAUUCGGAGGAUCUUCUGAAGAAGCUGAAUAAACUGGAGGAGCAGCUCAACCAUGAGAUGCAGGCAAAAGAUGGUCUGGAGCUGAAAUGCAGACAGGCAAACAGUCGUUUAGAGAAGAUUUCCAAAGAACUGGAGGAAGAGAUGAAUGCGCGGCAGGAGCUGGAGAGUUCUCUUAGACAGCUGGAGAGGGAUAAAGCCCUUCUGCAGCACCAGAGGACUGAGAGCACCAAGAGAGUGGAGAUGGUCACCGGCCGCAAAAAAGGCCUCGAGACUGAAGUGACUAGUCUCAAAGAACAGCUGGAGGAAUUGAGGAAGAAAUCCCAAGACUCUCACGCCUCGACUGAGAAAAACAUCCACCUGAAGAAAGAGUUGGAUGAGGUGAGUGCGCUUCUGCAGGAGGAGCAGGAGGCGUCUGGGCGUCUGCGUAAGGCCCAGGCGGAGGCGGCACGGCAGGCCCAGCAGCUGGAGGUCUCGCUCAGGGAGCUGCAGGGACGCCUGGGCCUGAUGGAGGGCGCGCGCGCCGGGCUGGAGGCCGACAAGCUGGCCCUGCAGGGGGCGCUGGACACAGAGAAGGCAGAGAGGAGCCGCGCCAGCCAGGCACUCACUGACCUGCAGGGUCGUAUGGGGGGGUUGGAAGAGGAAGUGAAGCAGGUGAAGGCUUCUCUCUCUACAGCGGACAAAGAGAAGAGAAAGCUGCAUGAGCAGCUCACCGACAUGGAGAAGGAGCGCAAUAACCAGGAGAUUGAGUGGAGCUACAAGCUGAAGGCUCUGAAGCAGAGUCUGGAGCAGGAAGAGAAAGCCCACAAGGCCACGAAAGAGCGCCUGGUUGACAAACACACUCUCGACCAGAGCAUAGAGGUGGCUACUGCACAGGCUGUCAGAGAUAUGGAGCGUAAGCUGCAGGAAGAGCACAACUGUAAGGUCCAGUUGGAAGACCGCCUGCUGGACCUGCAGAAGCAGAACUCCCUGUUGGACUGCGACUACAAGCAGGCGCAAGGCAAACUGGACGAGCUGCGUGCACACAAGGACAAGCUGGCCCAGCAGGUGGAGCGACUGUUGGUGCAGGUGGAGGAGGCGUCCCAGCGGGACUCUCAGACCCAGAGGGAGCUGAAGGAGCAGAGCCAGACCCUCCAGACGCUGCGCUCCGCAGAGAGGAGGCUCCAGCAGGAGAUCAGCACCCUCACCGACUUCAAAGUCAGCCUGGAGCAGACCAACCAGGAGCUGCGCAGAGAGCGAGAGGAGGCUGAAGGACAAGCCAAAGAGUUCAAGGACCAGCUGGAGUCGGAGCAAUACUUCACUAAGCUGUAUAAGACUCAGAUCCGGGAGCUGAAGGAGGAGAGCAUUGAGAAGAGUAAACUCUACAAGGACCUGCAGGAGCGACUGGACGAGCUGCAGGAGGAGAGGUGGGGACCCGCUGGCUACAGCCGGGAGGUGAGCCUGACCAAAUGGGACUCGGAGCAGCUGGCUCCCCUCCCUAGGGAGCACUGGGACCUGGAGAAGGAGAAGAUCAUGAAGGAGCUGGAGAUCAAGGACAUGAUGGCCCGGCACAAACAGGAGCUCAACGACAAGGACAGCACUAUUGGCUCCCUGGAGGAAUCUAACCGGACCCUGACUGUAGACGUGGGCAAUCUGGCCAGUGAGAAAGAGGAGCUCAACAACCAGCUGAAAGAGAUGCAACAGCAGGUUCAGCGCCACAGAGAGGAGGAGAAACAGAUGAGUGUUGUCAAGUCCUCACUGGAGAAGCAGAUCCAGACAGAGAGAACACUCAAGAUACAGGCGAUCAACAAGCUGGCGGAGAUCCUGAACAGGAGGAAGGAGAGUGUGGGUGGACACCGUGGUCAUGGCUCGGACACAGAUGUACGACGCAAGGAGAAAGAGAACCGUAAACUGCAGCUGGAGCUGCGCACAGAGAGAGAGAAGCUCAACUCCACCAUCAUCAGGUUCCAGAAGGAGAUGAACGACUUGCAGGCGAUGGUAGCGGAGGAGUCUAACAGCCGGCUGGAGCUACAGAUGGCUCUGGACAGUAAGGAGAGCGACAUCGAGCGCCUGCGCUGCCAACUCUCCUCCAUCAGCAUCCAUUCGCUGGACACCACCAGCAUCAGCUCCCACGGCAACGACCUGGACCCCGACGACAGCUACCCAGUGCGCAUCACACAAACACACAUGUCUGAGUCGAUGUCCUUCACGUAUCAGCGCAGCACGCGGUCGGUGUCUGUGCACACUCGCCCCCGUUUGGCAGACAGCUCGGAGGAGGAUGAGGGGUCAGAGGAUGAAGGGGGGGAAGGUCGGGCACGGCUUGCCCUCCCUUAUAAACCUGAGCCUGCAGCCUCAGACUCCAGGUUGGAAGGCUGGCUGUCUAUGCCCUCCAAAAACACUAAGAGGUUCGGGUGGGACAAAAAGUAUGUGGUGGUCAGCAGCAAGAAGAUCCUGUUCUACAACAACGAGGUGGACAAGGAGCAGUCCAACCCAUUCAUGGUGCUGGACAUCGAUAAACUCUUCCAUGUGAGGCCUGUCACCCAGACUGAUGUGUAUCGUGCUGAUGCCAGAGAAAUCCCCCGCAUCUUCCAGAUCCUGUAUGCCAACGAGGGAGAGUUCAAGCGCGACACGGAACCCUCUGGUCACGAGACCCUCGGGCUGACCGCUGACCGCUCCAUGUGCCUGCUCCACAAGGGCCACGAGCUGGUGCCCACGCUCUACCACUUCCCAUCCAGCUGUGAGGCGUGCACUCGGCCGCUCUGGCACGUCUUCAAGCCGCCGCCCGCGCUCGAGUGCCGCCGAUGCCACCUCAAAUGCCACCGCGAGCACCUGGAGCGCAAGGAGGAGGCCCUGGCACCGUGCAAAGUGAACUACGACAUGUCCACAGCCAAAGAGCUCCUCCUGCUGGCCACCUCCCAGUCCGAGCAGCAGCGUUGGGUCAACCGUCUGCUGUCCCGCAUCCCUCGCAAACCCCUGCCAGCUCCGGCUCUCCCCGGAGCCUCCUCCACCCCCGGGGCCCCUCAUGGCUCCCCCUCGGCCUCCGACUCCUCCUCGGGCUCGGCCUCACCUACCCCCAGCUCCCCGCGCCCCUCCCCCCGCCCCUCUCCGCAGCUGGACGCCGUUGCGGCCGCCAUGGCUGCUGCCGGUGGCGGCUCUAGGGCCCGCUCAGGCUCGAUGUCGCCGCAGCUGUCCCACCGCGGGGCCAUUAAGAUGCAGUCCAAACACAUGCAGCACCAGGAAGUGACCGUGCAGCAGCAGAGUGGACAACAGCAGCAGCAGCAGCAGCAGAGCAAAACCAGGGUGAUUGGGUUUGGCCUAAAGGGAUGGGAGUGGGUCCUAGAUGAUGAUGAUGAGGAUGAUGAUGGGGAUGGUGGUGAUGAUGAUCACGCGUUUUUUGACUUCUGACAAAAAAAUUAACCUUUGCUGGAAGUCUGGAUUUGUACACAGUGACUUCAGCUGACAAGAAUACCUACAGAGAGAUUCGAAACAAUCCUCAAUCCACACUCAUUCUCUCUCUCUUUCUGUCUCUCUCUCACACACACACACACACACACACACAUACACACAUACAUGUCAAGCCAUGGCACUGUAGGACAGCAUAAAUGGACAUGACAGUGUUUCCCCAGGACUUAAAGUAAAACACGUUAAGUCAAAUUGUGUGUGUGUGUGUGUGUGUGUCUAGAAAGAAAAGGAAAUACGAGGACCCUCUCUCAGCCUACAUAUUGAGACUAUGCAGAUUCCUAAGUGUGCAUUUCCUGUGUGCAAUGUAUUUACCUGUGAGUGUGUUAUAUAACAUACUUUAAGUGCCAAAGAUAUAUUUACUGUUAUUGAUUUUUUUUUUAACUGUAAAGUCAGUAUCUAUGCAUAUUUCAGAACUGGUAAAAGUUUAUGUAAAUUAUUUCUUUUAUUUUCAAGUGUUACAUUGGUAAAACUAAGGUGUAUGUAGCUUUAAUGGAAAGUAUUGGGUUUUCAUUUGAGGUGGUGUUGUGGCAGUUACAGUUCCAGUGUUUCUUUAGUGCAUCUUGAGCAAUGGAGAACUGUCCCACUGAAGAUGUCAGACAUUAAUGAUCUCGUACCUGCUAGCUGACGGUCAUCCUCAGGGUCACCCUACUGAGCUGGGUGGGUCUCCUCCUGUUGUUUAUGGACAGGCAUUUUUUUCCGUUGCCACAGUUACCGGUCUGCUUCCUGUACGGGGGUUCAGGCCUAUAGGACUUUUUAUGCGUGUUAACUUUCAUCUGCAAUGCAAACUGUAAAUGACACUAUAAUACAUUUAAAAUGAAUAGCAUGGAAUUAAAUUUGGACGGAUGCAGACUAAGAUCUGGUUAGAACCUGCCCAGAGUCCGCUACAAUUGUUGUGCUCUCAGUUAAUAGGCAGUCAUAUUCUAUCAGAAACCAGAACAACAAGAAUAAAUAUAUUAUUUGAUGAA